CGUUUGGAGGUGAUCAAUGGUUAUUUAGAAAAUGGACGAAUACAAAAAAGUAGCUGAGGAAUGUCGAAUAGAUAAUGGAAAUUGUGAUCACACUUGUAAGACUUCUCCAAAAGGUUUGGAGUGUGAGUGUCGUAAAGGCUGGAGGUUAGACACUGACCAACGCAGUUGCGUAGAUAUUAAUGAAUGUCAAGAAAAUGCUAAUUGUGGCGCAGCAAAAUGUUUUGAAAUGCCAGGAAGUUAUAGCUGUCGGUGCCCAGAACAUGAAUAUAUGAUAGCAAAAGAACACACCGAAACGGGUGGAAAUAUACAGUUCUCCAUUAGAUGUAUACGAUCGGCUGUUUGUGCUCUGCCCAGCACGGGUACCAAACCCCGAGUUUUGGUGUCAUAAGCCAUCAGACUUACCGCUGAGUCACCAGAGCACCUUUGGCGGAGAAGAAUUGGUG